AUGCUCGUUUCAAUAAGUCUAGAACACCCGCACUCCGCCUAUACCAACCUGGAUGUUGUGCAGGGGAAGAUCUAUCUGAGAGUCCCGAAUCCGAGCAAUGUCUCGAACAUCGUGGUCAAGUUAGAGGGCGAGAGCAGGACGAGGUUACUGGCGGCUGUGAGACCGGAUAGGCCCGACCGACAGAAGCCAGUGCUUGAGGUCCAUAAGAUCUUGUACAAAACUCAGGUCGUGUGGCCUGCGAACCAGCUUCCAGAAGAAGCAGUCGCGAACCCGAAGGCGACAUAUACGCUGAACGCCGGCCAAUUCGAAUAUCCCUUCCAGUUCAAGAUUCCAUUGAACAACGCUUGCCAGCCCGUGAACAGCCUCGCUACUAAUGUCAACUUCAGCAACAUGGCACUCGAGGUUGCCCGGACCCCAACCCAUCACGUUAAGCAGACCCUUCCUCCUUCUCUCAGCGGUUUCCCCGGCGAGGCGGAAAUAAGAUACUAUGUGAAGGUCACAGUGAAUCGACCGUCGUUGUUUAAAGAGAAUCCAAGAGCGUUGGCCAACCUUACAUUUCUUCCCAUUGAGCCUCCAAGACCGACACAGACUGAUGGGGAGGCAUACGCUAGGAGGCAGCACCAGUUCUUGGAGAACCCGCCUAGCGUUGCAGCGGGCAAAAAGAAGGGCUUCUUUGAUAGAAAGGAUUCCUCCUCCUCCAGCAGCAUACCUUCAACUCCCUCUUCAAGCGGCCCGCCUCCGCGAUUCAUAGUUGAUGCGCGUCUGCCGAAUCCCGCAAUCCUCACAUGUAACAAGGAUCUCCCGCUGAGGGUCCUCCUCAAGAAUAUGAGCCCGCGGAUUAAGAAUGUAUACCUACAAAUGUUGCAGAUCGAAUUAAUCGGGUACACCAAAGUCACCGCACACGGAGUUGAACGCACUGAGUCAAACAGCUGGAUAGUGGCCAGCUUCAGCAAUAUGAACAUCCCGCUGGGCAAUCCCAUGGAUCCGGUGGGAACCGAGGUGCCAAUCAACCCAGAAUACUGGUCUGGCAAGCCCCUUCCAAAUACGAUUUGUCCAACCUUCCAGACCUGUAACCUCCAGCGAUACUACGAGCUUGAGGUGCGCGUCGGUCUUGGGUACGGAUCCUACAAACACGGAGAAGAUCAACUAGUCGUCUUGCCCCUCAGACUGCCAGUCAAAGUAUACUCUGGAAUCGCCCCGCCGCCCGCUCUCCUUGAGGCCACCUUAACCGGAGAGGCUGGCAAGCUUAAGCCGUCAGCUAGCGCAACGCUUAGUCCCCCUCAACAAGAUCAACCACCACACACGCCCAUCGAUCCACCAGGAUUCUCUGGCGCCAACGCGUUCCCGCCUGCGCAAGGCGUGCCUAUGGCCGGUGGAUCAGCGCAGCCCGUCUAUGAUGAUGCACCACCGAGCUAUGAAGAUGCAAUAGGCCAGGACCUUCCGCCGAUCAAUGGGUAUCGGGGUAACUACCAGCCACCGCCUGUACCAGAAGGGGCGCCCAGGUUUUCGGAUGAGAAGAGGAGAUGA